AUGGUCGGCCUGGAUAAUGUGACGGAGCGAGUACGCCAGUUGCACAGACAGGCAAAGAUGAAGGCUCAGCGAAUGAGCAUCGGUCAACCCAUUCGAACCAUUUCAUUGAAUGAGACCCUCAUGGGCCCCCUAGGGACCGGUAAAACUACGUUUGCCACCCUAUAUGGCCGCAUCUUAAACGACUUAGGAUUGCUACCUAGAGACGAUAUAAUCCGCAAAGCUGAGUCCGGGCUGAUCGGUAAGGAUAUCGGAGAGACGGCGGAACGGGUUCAAAACGCCAUUCAUGAAGCCGAAGGGAAUGUCCUGAUCAAUGACGAUGCCUAUGCCCUGUGGGGCGGAGGGAAGAACCCGAAUCCGCUCCACAAAGCAGCUAUUGACACCUUAGUAAACUGUGUCUCGGAAAGUCGGACAUCAUAUCAGUGUAUUCUGCUCGUUGAUUAUGAGUAUGAACUAAGAGAGAUGUUUCGUCAUGUCAAUCCCGGUCUGCCUAGCACAUUUCCAAUGUAA